UCGUCAUGGCAACGCACCGCCACACAACUCGGCCGAGCAGUCGUCGGUCAGUCUGCUGGCAAAAUGAGCAGUGGAAAGGACGACCCUUCCGAUGGCAACUCCUGGGUCAUCGACUCCCUGAUUCAGUUCCUCAGCGGACCCGUGUGGAACAAGCCAAUCGCAGCUUUCAUCGAGAAGCACUGCGCCAUAUUCGAUCCUGAUGGCGAGCACGACACUCAGGACCAUCGACAGGUGCACGUCGAGUACAGAACUCUGGUUGAUUCACUGCUGGGCGGAUUCGUGGAAGAGUUGCAAAUUACGCCGGUGCAAUUUCAGGAUGCGGUCAGCAACCAAAACACAAAUACCGCGGCCAGAUUUCAACCAGGCGCCCUUUUGGAGCAAAUCUGGGCUGCUUCGGAUUUUGCGGCCUUCAGCCACCUGAUGGGCCUGCACAACCUUGAGCUGCAACUGCAGGCGCUGAGCGCCAUCAGGAGUCAGAGUGGAGCACCACUGCCGCUUGACUACAGCGAGGACGGAACGCUUCUCACCGGAAACGGAGAGGAUAGGCUCCUCAAACAUGUGCUGCGACGCUCGAUGGAAGAGGCGCAGAUUUUGGAGAGGAUGAACAAGAAGUUAAACAGACUGAGCCUGGCUGAGGACACGCGCAAAGUGGAAGCACCAACAACCUCUAAGAAAGAGAGGAAGACGGAGGCUCCUAAAAAACCAGAAGCCCUCACAGAAGAGGAGAUCAAGCGGAGGAAGGAGUACCUGUGCCAGCAGAGGGAUAAACUGCUGCUGGCCAAGGGCAAGACACGUCCGCAAGAGGCGGCUGAGAAGAAAAAGGUGGAAAUAGUGACCGAGGAGCAUGAGAUAACGCAUCAAACCGAAUCCGAGGAAGCGUUGCAGAUGCGAAGGGCCCUUGUCAACCGACUCAAAGCUGAGAUAAUCAACAAGAAGUGAUCGAUUUUUAACUGACGUGAUUGGCGCUUUCAUGAUUUAAUUAAUGUUACGUGUAUUCCAAGACAUUUUGAAAAAAUAAAGAAAGAUAAUUCGCACUUA